AUGGAAGAACAACCGCUAAGAUGUCAGCCUCGCCGUAUUACUUUUAUCACGUGUCGAGGCACAAUAUGCCAUUCUCACCUCUGUCAGAUCGAUCAAUCCCGAUCAGAAUCAAAGAGAUCAUACCAGACCUGCCUACCUACCAAGGUAGGUAAUUACAACAAGCUGUCCUGCAACAGACUCCACCAUGGACCCCUUCCCUCCAAGCGUCUCCUCUACCGCGCCUACAACGCCCCCAAGGACGACGACUUCUUCCUCGCCUGCCAUGGCGAUCCCGCCAUCGUUCUGCAUGCCGCCAAGAACCUCCCCAAGCCAGUCUCUCGGCAGACAAUCGAGGAGUACCGCGCGACGGCGCAGGGUGUGCUGCUGUUCGUGGUAAUCUGCAAGAUUCCGGACGAAAACAAGGCUCCCGUCGAGCCGGAACCGAUCGGUCUCCUAUCCCUCAGACAAGCCGCUGCGGACCAGGCCCAUCAUCGCAGUGCGAUGCUGGGCAUCGAGAUCAAGCGCGAGCACCACAGCCAGGGCUACGGCACCGAAGCCUCCGUCUGGGCCGUCGAGUGGGCCUUCAAGACGGCCAAUCUGCAUCGCGUCGAGCUGCAUGUGCUCGAGUGGAAUGCGCGCGCGCAGAGGGUCUACGAGAAGAUCGGAUUCCUGGUCGAGGGCCGGCUGAGGGAGGCCCUCUGGCUGAAUGGUCGGUGGUGGGAUGAGAUCGUUAUGGGGAUGUUGGACGGCGAAUGGGAGGAGUUGCGGGAGCGUCAUAUCGACGAAGCUCUAUUACUGUCUGUAUGA